GGAAUCGGUGCGUGUGCGGUCCUUCUGUUUCCGUAUCUGAGGAGAGCAGCGGUGUGGUUUCUGAGGAGACUUAUCUUUUAAAAUGCAGGACCCAAACGAAGACACAGAGUGGAAUGAUAUCCUGAGGAAGAAAGGCAUUCUUCCUCCCAAAGAGACACCUAAAGAGGAUGAGGAGGAGGAGGAGCUGGCUCUCCAGCAGCAGUCUGUCGUUAAAACAUAUGAGAGCAUGACACUGGAAGAACUGGAGGAGAAUGAAGAUGAGUUUGGUGAGGAAGAUGAAGCUGCCAUCGAGAUGUACAGACAAAAGCGUCUUGCAGAGUGGAAGGCAACUCAGAUGAAAAAUGUGUUCAAGGAGCUGGGGGAAAUCUCAGGGCAAGACUACGUCAAGGAGGUCAACCAGGCUGGGGAAGGCAUCUGGGUGGUGCUGCACCUCUACAAACAGGGCAUACCUCUGUGCACCCUCAUCAACCAGCACCUGAGCAUCUUGGCCAGGAAGUUCCCCCAGACCAAGUUCCUCAAGUCCAUCUCCACCACCUGCAUCCCCAACUACCCCGACCGUAACCUGCCCACCAUCUUUGUCUACUUUGAGGGGGAGAUGAAGGCGCAGUUCAUCGGACCCCUGGUCUUUGGAGGCAUGAACCUCAAAGUUGAAGAGCUGGAGUGGAGGUUAUCAGAGACCGGGGCAGUGAAGACAGAGCUAGAGGAAAACCCCAAGAAGCAAAUUGAAGACAAGCUAAUGUCAUCAAUCAGAUGUUCGCUCCCUACACGAAAGGACAGUGACUCUGAGGACGAGGACUAUUAGGAAAACAAUGCCUGUCACUCUAAACCAGGAAGACCAUGUGGCUGCUGUGUGGGAAACACUCAAAGGACCCUGAAACGUUUGACGAUGCUUCGUGCAGAGACGGUAUCUCCUUUUAUAAGCAAGUACAAUUCAUAUUUUAACCAUGUAGGUGGCGCUCUUACACAGGGCUCAGUCCUGCUCAGGGGAACUUUGACAGGACACUUGGCAGGAGAGAAUCGAACCCAUGAUCUUGUUGUUGAACCUCACUGUACGUCUCACAGCGCAACAGUCACCCUUUUGUAAUUUGAAAAAACGUCCAACUUCACCUGAAUCUUUACAAAAGCAUCAAAGACAAAUUUUAACUUUUUUAUUAUGUUUGAUCAGUUUGUCACAAAAAGUACAUGUACUGUAUUUAAACCUGUUAAAUUAAAUGUGAGUUCACCUCUUUGCCACAAUAA